AUGGAUGAAAAUUUGAGGAAGGCUGCUCAAGAAGGAAAUGUUGAUGAAUUAUAUGCAUCAAUCCAAAGAGAUUGUCAUGUUUUGAGGCACAUUGACGAGAUGGAGUUUGUUGACACUCCAUUACACGUAGCAGCUGCUGAAGGGUGCAUUGAUUUUGCAAUGGAGAUAAUGACCUUAAAGCCCACAUUUAGGAGUGAGUAUAUGGUUAAUUCGCUAAACCAACAAGGCUUUAGUCCCGUUCAUAUUGCAAUGGAUAAGGGACAUAAAGAGUUGGUUCUACUUCUCUUGGAAAAUAAUAAAGAUCUUGUUCGUGUCAAAGGGAAGAAGGGUGAGACUCCAUUGCACUAUGCAAUAACCAGAGAACACAACCUUGAUCUCAUAGCCAGAUUUUUGGAAGUUUGUCCCGAAUGCAUCCUAGAUGUGACAACUACAAACGAGACUGCUUUGCAUAUUGCAACGAGAAACAAUGAGUUAAAAGCUCUCAAACUCCUAUGCGGGAUGCUUAGGAGGACUGACUAUCGUGAGGAUGUGGUUAAUCCGAAAGACAGGAAUGGCGACACUACCUUGCACAUAGCAGCCCGCGAUAAUCGACAUGAGUCAGAUUGUAUAAUUUCAGCAAAAUCUUUGAUUAAACAGAUGCUCAAACUGCUAUUGCAAUGCAAGGCUGACAAACAUGCGACCAAUCAAGCCGGUUCAACAGCUCUGGAUAUUGCACAACAACUUGAUAACAUAGAAAGCAUUAGAAUUCUACGCGGUUGCUUUAUUCCCAGAGUUUCAACCCUCAUAUAUAAAUUGCAUAAACAAAUUUUCAAGUAUGUGAAGAAGGCAUCAGCUGUAAUUUUUCAAGAUAUGGAAAAUAUAUCAAUUGAGGACCGCAAUGCCUUACUAGUAAUUCUAGGACUGCUUUUAACAGCAACCUACCAAGCCAGUCUUAGCCCACCUGGUUGUGUUUGGCAGGGAGACAAUUCCUCAAACUCCACUACCAAUCAAGGAGAUGAAGAAAAAAUACCAGGGAAAUCAGUCAUGAAUGAAAUUACUUUUCUUUCUUUCUACAUUCCAACCUCUGCUGUCUUCAUAGUAACGUUUUUCCUAACAUUGGGUCUCCUUAAACCCUUUCCUCGUGGUUUCAGAACAGCUCUUCAGAUACUCCUUGCAUUUCUUGCUAUAUGCUUCUACAAAUCAAUCUCUUUCCUAGCGCCAACUCAUUUAGCAACUUUAGUUAUCGAUCUAUUUUCAGAUACGGUUUUCGUUUUGAUGAUGUUUAUGUGUUUUGCUCAUCGGGUGUCAAAAAUUUGUGUUAUAAUUCUAGGAUGCUGGUUAUUCCCUACAGCUUAUCCGUUUGAAGGUUUGAUGGGAAAUUUAGUAGUAGGAUGUUGGUUAUUCAUUUUUCUUUAUGAUGAAUUCUGGAAAGGAACAGCUUCACUUGUAGGGUAUUGUUUACUACUCGUUGGUUUGGGUGACAGAAGAUGGAUCGUGCAACCUACUUUUAUGCUAGGAUGCUGGUUAUUGCUUAGUCUGUGUCGAUUCUGCAUAAAGCGGUGCAAUAAGUAUUGUAAUACCUGA